GACUCUUAUAUCGUAUACCACAUCGUGUGUUGGGUGGCUUUUUAACUUUCAAUUAAUUCAUUUAAAAUGUGUUGAUAGUUGUAUAUAAUAAAAUAAAUUGAUGUUUAUUAUAUAACUACAUUCUACACAGCUAACUAAAAACCAAAAAGUACAAAAUUCAAUUAGGUAAAUGCUCGAUGCCAAAAGUCAAAGUACAUGUGCGAGAAACGUGAGCAGGACAGCAACACGGUGUGAGCGACGCAGCAGUGGUCAGAGAGAGUCAGCACUAUAUGUACGAAGUGGGUUAGCAAAACAAUGAAUAAAGAAAAUCGCUAACCGGCAGAUAACCGAAAGAAAUAAAGAUUAGCCACCCAACGCAAACGUCACAAUAUACUGACAUACCUAAUCUCACGCACACUGCCACAUAGCUUUAAUCAAAAGCAAGAAGAAGACGACGACACUCCUCCGUCGCUUAAUCAAUUAGCUGGACACAGCACAUAACUGGCAGGCCACUUCAGUCAGUCUGGUUUUGUACUUUAAACGUAGCGUGUGCGGCUAGCGUUAGCAGUCUUUAUAAUGCCAGACAUCCAGAUGUCGUCGCCGAUGAGCGAAAUGGUGUUGCUCACACCGAACACUGAGAAUCCACCAAUAAUUACAGCGACUCCGGCGGUGUCCAAGGAUAAGGAUGCAUUACGAGAAGGAUCCGCGGAAUCGGACAACAGUCGUGUCGUUAUGAAGAAACAGCUUGGAUUACUUGAGGGAGUUGCCAUCAUCUUGGGCAUCAUCUUCGGCUCUGGCAUAUUUGUCUCGCCCAAGGGCGUCAUUCGCGAGGUGGAGUCCGUGGGCACAUCACUCGUUAUCUGGGUGCUGUGCGGCCUGCUCUCAAUGAUUGGCGCACUCUGCUAUGCGGAAUUGGGCACAGCUAUUCCCAAGUCUGGAGGUGAUUAUGCGUACAUCUACGAAGCGUACGGAUCGCUGCCAGCAUUCCUCUAUCUGUGGGAUGCAAUGAUGAUAUUUGUUCCAACAACAAAUGCCAUUAUGGGCCUGACAUUCGCCUCCUACGUGUUGCAGCCAUUUUUUGCCGACGGUUGUGAGAUACCAAAGAUUGCAUUACAGUUGCUGGCAGCUGCUACGAUAUGUUUUCUAACCUAUUUGAACUCAUAUUACAUGAAAGUCACGACGAAAAUGCAGAAUAUUAUAAUGUUUACCAAAAUUGCGGCGUUGGUACUAAUUAUUAUAGUUGGAUUAACUUGGAUGUUGAUGGGAAAUGUCGAGAACUUCAAUCAGCCAUUUGAGAAUACGGAGACUGAUCCCGGCAAGCUGUCAGUGGCAUUUUAUUCGGGCAUCUUCUCAUACGCCGGCUGGAACUAUUUGAACUUUAUGACUGAAGAAUUGCGUGAUCCAUAUCGCAAUCUACCACGUGCCAUUUACAUCUCACUGCCUCUGGUCACAGGCAUUUAUGUGCUGGCCAAUAUGGCCUAUCUUGCCGUGCUGUCGGGUCCCGAGAUGAUGGCUUCCAAUGCCAUUGCUGUGACGUUUGGCAACAAGAUACUUGGCAACUUUUCCCUGAUUAUACCGAUUAUGGUUGCCAUUUCUGCAUUUGGUGGUCUGUCUGUGCAUAUUAUGACCUCGUCACGCAUGUGCUUUGUAGGUGCCCGCAAUGGACACAUGCCGGCGGUGCUGUCCCACAUCAGUGUUAAGAGCUACACGCCGCUGCCAUCACUGGCAUUUCUGUGUCUGCUCUCGAUUGUUAUGCUGGUGGUCAGCGAUGUGUAUGUGCUAAUCACUUACAGCAGCAUUGUGGAGUCGUUCUUUAUAAUGCUGUCAGUGUCGGCUGUUUUGUACUUUCGCUACAAGCGCCCCAACAUGGAGCGUCCAAUUAAAGUCUCUUUGUGGAUACCCGCAGUGUUUGUCGUUGUGUGCGCAUUUCUGGUAGUCGUUCCGGUUUAUGUUGCUCCAUAUGAGGUCGCCAUGGGCUUGCUAAUCACACUAAUUGGUAUACCAUUCUACUACAUUGGUGUUGUGUGGCAGAACAAACCCAAAUGGGUGCAGCACGCCAUUGAUUCGAUGACAUUCACGUGCCAAAAACUCUUUUUGUCCGCCAAGGAGCAGAAACAGGACUAGUCAUCAAAUGGGUUUCAUUUCCCCCUGAAAGAAAUACUGACUCCAGCCUUAAAAAAAUUGGAAUUCAUCACCUACCUACAUAUAGAUCACUUAUAUACAUAACAAAAACAUUUACCAUAAGUGCAAAGACAUCGAAUAUUAGUUUUUUUUUUAACAUUUUAUUUGUUUAGAUUGUUAUUAUGAGGCACACGUGAAAGAUAUCUGGUAAAUAAUUUGACAGAGAAUUUUUACUAUCCUAGUAAAAAUUAAGGGGCCAUUUUGUCCAAAGGCUUAAUCUAUUUUGAUACAUAAAAUCUAUGUAUAUAUCAUGUCACACUAUAUAUAGACUGCCAGGUAAAUCACACGCGUGAACUUAGCUUUAUUUAUCCUGUUAAUCACCAAAGUACGCCAAUAUAUUACCAAAGUCCAUAAAUUUAAUUUGUUUGCUUUUGAGCAUUGACUUUAAUAUUUAUAUUUAUUAAAAAUUUGCAUUACAUGCUUUUUAUAUUAAGUUCCUUGUGUUAUUAAUCUAACCUUUUUGGUUUCUUACUUGUUGAUUUGAAAAA